UAAUCACACGUGUUUUUAUAAUAUAGGGAAUGUUGAUAGUGUGUGAGAGUGUAAUUUAAAAUAACAACUUAUUAAAUUAAAUUCAUUGCUGUUUGGUUUAAUUGUUUUGUAGAAAUAUUUACUAUUAACCGAUAUGACAACUAAAAACGCGAACAGUGAACCUACAGUAGGUCCACCUAAGAAGAAAUUUAAAAAAGAUGGGACAACAGAUUCUAAAUCUAAAAAGAUAAAGAAAUCAGUCCAAAGUAGUAUAAAUCAUAGUAAAACCGAGAAGUCAGCACCAAAAACUUUUAAAAAACCGAACUCUAAAUUUACUUCUAACAAUAAUUUUAAAGGAAAGUCUGAUAACAAUAAAAAUAAACCAGAAAUAUUUGAAAACUGGACUGAAUUUAAAAAGAAAAAGAAAGAACUGCAACUCAAAAGAAAACAAAACAAAGUUGGAUUUGAUGUAAUAGUAAAAGCGAAAAGAAUCGGUGAGGAAUUAAGGAAAAAAACUCUUAAUGGGGGAGAACAAAAAAGGAUUCAACUGAUAAAUGAGCUGCACAGUCUUUUAAAAGGAGGAGGACAUUAUCCUAAGUUUGUUCUUGCACAUGAUACUGCAAGAAUUGUCCAAUGGCUUUUAAAAUAUGCAUCAGAUUUGGUCAUUAAUCAAAUAUCAAAAGAACUCAUUCCAGUCAGUGUAAGUAUGUUACAAUCGAAGUAUGGUAUCCAUUGUGUGAAACGACUUUUAAAAUAUGGCAAGAGUGAAAUAAGAUCUCAAGUUAUAGAUGCUAUGGUUGGUCAUGCUGUGAAACUAUCAACAUAUACUAUUAGCGCUCCACUUGUAGAAUAUGCUUUUUCCACAUGGGCCACUCCUUUACAAAAGCAGUAUUUGGUGCAAGAAUUUUAUGGAGACCUUUACAGAUCCACCAAGGAUAACAAUGUCAAACAUCUAAGAGAUACAUAUAAAGAUAAUCCAGGUUUAAAAGAUGCCAAUUUAGGUGCUACCAAAGCUAAUCUAACUAAAAUCUUGAACAAAUCACUUUUGGAUUCUGGAUUAGUACAAACAGUGUUAUAUCAAUAUCUUAGUGAAUGUUCUGCUGAAGAUAGGAGUGAACUGAUCAGUCAAUUGGUACCUCAUAUUGUUGUUAUUAGUAAUAGUAAAGAUGGAGCAAAAGCAGCUAUGCAGUGUAUUUGGUAUGGAUCAACAAAAGACAGAAAGGGCAUAAUGAAAGCAGUUAAAGAACAUGUGGUGGAAUUAUCCAAACAUGAACAUGGGCAUGCCACAAUAAUAACUUUAAUAGACUGUAUUGAUGAUACUGUAUUACUGCAUAAAAUUAUAGUAUCUGAGAUAUUGAAAAACGCCAAAGAUUUGGCGAUAAAUGAAUGGGGAAUGAAGGUUUUGUUAUGGUUGGUUGCUCCAGCUGAUUCAACAAACUUCCAUCCCUUGUUUAUAAAAGAAAUAACUGAUGGAAGGGAAGCUUCAACGUCCAAAAAGUCGGCAGAAAUUCGAAGAAAAGAAAUAUUAGGCUAUUCUAUUCCAACAUUAUUAGAAUUGGUGGCGAAAGAUGCCGAAUUUUGUUUGUCAAGUCCGUCAUUAGCUAUUAAAAUGAUAGCUAUAGUGAAAGCAGGAAGUGGUGAAGAAUUAGGAGCUGCAUAUACGAGCUUAGCUGAUGUUAUAGUUAAUCCGGAAUGGAAGGUUAAAGAAAACGAAAACGACGUGUUGGGAGUUGAAAAUGCUGGAAUCCACAUGGCUUUAAAAAAAUUGGCUCAGCAAGAUAAAGUCAGACUUGAAAAUCAAGAAACCACAUUCGGUUCAAUCUUAAUAGAAAAAUUAAGUGAAGAUACAAUGACAAGUUGGUUGAAACUCAAUAGAGGAUGUUUUCUUUUAGUAACAGUCUUUGAAAAUGGCUCAGAAGAGACUCAAAACAAGAUGAAACAAAAAUUAAAGAAUUCGUUGAAGUUGCUGAAGAAGCAGACGUCGCCUGGUGCUAAAAUUUUAUUAAAGAAACUGUUAUAAUUAAGUUUAAUAAAUUUUAUUCCUCUU